AUGCAGCUCCUCUUGCCGGCCGCAUCAUCCUCACCUUUCUUCCCUCCUCGCGUCGUCCUCAAAGGUCCAUGCCGUAUCCGUAUCCAUGGCAAAGCAGGUGCUGGUGCUGGUGCUGGUGCUGGAGGUGCGGGCGCGACGGGGCCCCGCGGCAACCUCAGGCUCGGCGGGUUCGCCGGGUGGUGGAGACCGCAGCAGCAUCAGCAGGCCCCGUCCCCGGCGACGACAACGCAGCAGCCCGACAACGUAUCCAGUGCUAAAGUGUUCCAGACCACCCGUGUCCAAACCGAGACUGAAACUGCGAAAUGGCCAGGGAAACCACAAGAUCUUGAUGACUACCAAGUGAUCCCUGAGGUGGUACAUACCCAGGCUGAUGAGACAGAGCUGCAGCCACUUAUCGAUCAAGUGAGGGCGAUGCUAAGAUCAAUGAACGACGGGGACAUCAGCAUCUCGGCGUACGACACGGCGUGGGUGGCGCUGGUGCCGAAGCUGGACGGCGGUGGCUUCCAGCCCCAGUUCCCGGCCACCGUGCGUUGGAUCGUCGACCACCAGCUGCCUGACGGCUCCUGGGGCGACUCGGCCUUGUUCUCUGCCUAUGACCGAAUGAUCAACACCCUCGCCUGCGUCGUUGCACUUACGAAAUGGUCUCUCGAGCCUGAAAAAUGCAAGGCAGGGCUCUCGUUUCUCCACGAGAAUAUGUGGAGGCUAGCAGAGGAAGAGCAGGAGUCGAUGCCCAUCGGCUUCGAGAUCGCGUUCCCUUCUCUCAUUCAGACAGCUAGGAACCUGGGCAUUGACUUCCCGUAUGAUCACCCGGCUUUGCAGAGCAUAUACUCCAACAGGGAAAUCAAGCUGAAGAGGAUCUCAAAGGACAUGAUGCAUAGAGUCCCUACGUCCAUUCUGCAUAGCCUUGAAGGAAUGCCUGAUCUGGACUGGGCAAGGCUUCUGAAUCUCCAAUCAAGUGAUGGAUCAUUCUUGUAUUCUCCUUCGUCUACUGCAUAUGCACUUAUGCAAACUGGUGACAAGAAGUGCUUCGAAUAUAUCGAUAGGAUUGUCAAGAAAUUCGAUGGAGGAGUCCCCAAUGUUUAUCCAGUCGAUCUUUUUGAGCACAUCUGGGUCGUUGAUCGGUUAGAGCGACUCGGGAUCUCCCGCUACUUCCAACGAGAGAUUAAGCAAUGCAUGGACUAUGUGAACAGGCACUGGACUGAAGAUGGGAUUUGCUGGGCUAGGAACUCUACUGUAAAAGAUGUGGAUGACACAGCUAUGACUUUCCGACUACUAAGGCUACAUGGAUACAAUGUCUCCCCAAGUGUGUUUAAGAAUUUUGAGAAAGAUGGAGAGUUCUUUUGUUUUGUGGGGCAAUCAACUCAAGCCGUCACUGGGAUGUACAACCUCAACAGAGCCUCUCAGAUAGCUUUUCAAGGGGAGGAUGUAUUGCACCGUGCUAGGAUUUUCUCAUAUGAGUUUCUCAGACAAAGAGAAGCCCAAGGCAUGCUCCGUGACAAAUGGAUCAUUGCGAAGGAUCUAGCUGGCGAGGUACAAUAUACACUAGACUUCCCUUGGUAUGCAAGCUUGCCUCGUGUCGAGGCAAGAACGUAUCUAGAUCAGUAUGGCGGUAAAGAUGAUGUUUGGAUUGGAAAGACCCUCUACAGGAUGCCUCUUGUCAAUAACGACACAUAUCUUGAUUUGGCAAUAAUGGAUUUCAACCGUUGCCAAGCUCUACAUCAGCUUGAGUCUAAUGAGCUUCAAAUGUGGUACAUAGAGAAUUGCCUUGACACUUUUGGAGUGCAACCACAAGAUGUUUUAAGAGCUUAUUUUUUAGCUGCGUCUUGCAUUUAUGAACCUAGUCGUGCUGCUGAGCGGCUUGCAUGGGCUAGAACAUUAAUGAUUGCCAAUGCCAUUUCUACACAUCUUAAUGACAUUUCGGCAGACAAGAAGAGAUUAGAAUGUUUCGUGCACUGUCUCUAUGAAGAAAGUGAUGUAUCAUGGCUUAAAAGAAAUCCUAAUGAUGCUAUUCUCGAGAGGGCACUUCGAAGAUUUAUUAACUUAUUGGCACAAGAAGCAUUGCCAAUUCAUGAAGGACAAAGGUUCAUACAAAGUCUACUGAGUCUUGCAUGGACCGAAUGGAUGCUGCAAAAGGCAAAUAAGGAAGAAAACAAAUAUCACAAAUCCAGUGGUAUAGAACCACAAUACAUGGUUCACGACAGGCAAACAUAUUUGCUUUUAGUCCAGGUUAUUGAGAUUUGUGCUGGACGAAUUGGUGAGGCUGUAUCAGUGAUAAACAACAAGGAUAGUGAUUGGUUUAUUCAACUCACAUGCAAUACUUGUGAUGGUCUUAACCACAAGGUGUUACUUUCCCAGGAUGCCGAGAAGAAUGAAGCAACAAUAAAUUGCAUUGACAAGGAAAUCGAGUUGAAUAUGCAAGAACUUGCUCAAUCUCUGCUCCUGAGGUCUGAUGAGAAAACCACCAAUAAGAAGACCAAGCAAACCUUAUGGAAUGUCCUAAGAAGUUCAUACUAUGCUAGUCAUUGCCCACAACAUAUCAUUGAUACACAUGUUUCCAAGGUUAUCUUCGAGCCCGUUUAA